AUGUCUUGGCGGUUUAUUGGGUUCUGGGGAUUUCCCAGAACCUGGAGGCAACGGCUUCAGAUUCCGACGCUGCAUGCCGCUCUUCAAGCCGUAAUUUUGCAGGCUCUGAAGCAUGUUCAAAGGUGUCUGGAAGGACAAAGACGGUACCUAUGCACUGCACUAGAACGUGCGUGCAAGAAGAUCGCCGAUCAGUAUCUAGGCGAUGGAACCACGGGAAACACCGUCCUAUAUGAGGCAGCCUCGGCUAGUUUAGGAAAUUUCACAAAUAUACGAGCCGGUCCAUCUGGUUUCAGAAGAUCGGUCACGACAAUGUCGCCGUUUUGUUUCAACCAGCAGAAUGCAUAUCCUAAGUAUAACACACCGACAUCCCCGGCUAAUAUCGACCUUCGACAGCCACCUUUUGGUUAUCAGCGGCAAGCUUCUUUACACGCUGCACCUCAAGGCAAUUUCUCAACUUCACCUGGCUAUUCCGUAAGUUCAUCAUAUCAGAAAACUUCGCCUGCAGUUGCUAGCAAUGUGGACGUUUCUGAUGAUGAAGACCCAAUAAGAGCCUUACUGAAUUGGACCGAUGUCGAACCGAAGAACCUUGAUACUGCCUUUUAA